AUGGACUUAGACAUAUUUGCCUCUAAAUUCCACCUUCUUCUUUGGGCAUUGUUGGCCACGCCCGUUAUUUACGUGCUUACUACUGUGACCUACGAGCUGUUCUUUUCGCCGCUGUCGCAUAUUCCCGGUCCUAAACUGGCUGCUUGCACGCGUCUCUAUGAAUUUUAUUACGACAUUGUCCUGCAUGGCAGGUAUACGUUCAAGAUUGCUGAGCUGCAUAAAAAAUACGGACCCAUAAUCCGCAUCAGCCCUGGGGAAGUCCACAUCAAUGACCCCGAGUAUUACGAAACACUAUACUCAAUCAAUGGUCCGCGCAACAAGGACUCAUGGUUCAUCGAAUCAUUCGACGUGGCCCAGUCUGCCUUCGCCACGCUCGACCAUCGCUUACACAGACCUCGUCGCGCCUUGAUCGCUCCGUACUUUUCCAAAGCGCGAGUGCAGCGCGUGCAGUCUCUGAUCCAGAACAAGCUGCAGAAACUGACAAACCGAUUGAACGAGGUUGCACGCUCCGGAAAGCCGCUCAAGGUAGACGUCGCGUUCAACUGCUUCACGGCCGACGUGAUCACUUCGUACACCAGCUUUCGCGGGUUAAACUACCUCGAUGACCCCGAUAUGGUACCCAUUUGGAGCGAGACAGUCCGCAAUCUCGUUGAAGUUGGAAUGAUCGCGCGACAUCUACCUGGGUUUUUCCCGCUUCUGGCAAGUAUGGGAAUGAAGUGGAUCCAGCGAAUCUAUCCCAAAUUGCUUCCUGUCAUCGCCUUCCGGAUGAAAUGUGCCCAGGAGGUGAAUUUCAUGUGGGAGAACGAAGAAAAAGCAAGCGAAGAUUUUGCAAAGAACAGUCUCUCUCAAGAGCCUGCGCUUUUCCAGGACAUGGUCGCCAAAGCCCCCGAUACGCCUGAUAUCACCGAGGCUAGGGUCCUUCAUGAGUAUAUUACUAUCGUGGCAGCAGGAACUGAGACUACAGCGCAUACGAUGACGAUCUGUACGUUUCAUGUGCUUAAUGACGAACAGGUCCUGCGCAAAUUACGUGCAGAGUUGGAAGAAGCCUUCCCCGACAAGAAAGAAAUGGAUUUACAGACGCUUGAGCAACUUCCUUACCUAACUGGGAUUAUUUACGAAGGACUCCGACUAUCGUACGGCCUUUCCCACCGUCUCCAAAGAAUAUGUCCCACCGAUCCACUCAAGUUCAGGGAUGUAGUCAUCCCACCCAAUACAUCGAUCGGAAUGUCCUCUGCCCUUAUCCAUCACGACGAGUCCAUCUUUCCGAAAUCCCACGAGUUCAUCCCGGACAGAUGGACAGACCUUGAGGACCGGAAGAGAUUGAACAGAUACCUGGUUUCCUUUAGUAAGGGUGCUCGCCAAUGCAUCGGAAUGAACUUGGCAUUUGCGGAGCUUUACAUGGCUGUUGCCACGGUCUUCCGCACGUUUGAUAUGAAGCUGCACGAGACUACAGUGGAUGAUGUUCGGCUUCAUAGCGACAUGAUGCUACCACAUGCCAAGCCCGGUAGUAAGGGCGUGAGAGUAGUGAUUGACCCUAUUUAGUCAGAUAUCCCUGGAUUGGGAACAGUAUAUAUUACCUAAACCUUGAAUAUAGUGGGGGUUAGAACACUUUGGU